GAGGAUCCAGAUGGUGCUGACACAGAAUUUACUGAUGCAAGUCAGCAUUACUAUUGUACACACCAUUCAACGCUAAAUGGACGACCAUGCACAGCUGACGGAGCAUUUCUGCUGCCUGACACCCCCCCAACUCCCACACCACCAGAGGCUCCUGAUGACUGGAGCCCAUAUCGUAACAGAAUCAAAUUUGAGAUGGCCGAAUUCGUGUUCAAA